AUGAGCUUUUCUGAGAACGGACUAGGUCGUCUGGGUCUCAAGCGUUCCACCGCGCUAUUCAACCUAUCUAUAAAUAACGAUGCACUACUAUCCAGCACCAAAUCUCAUAGUGGUGUGCGCAAUGAUUCCAAGAAUGAAAAUAAUCCUGGAAGUUUUGACAUCAAAACGAAAACUGACACACAGACAUUACCGCAAAGAAAAAUUAAUGGAAAGAGAACAUACUCUAUUUCGCCGAACAUAGCCAACUGCAAUAAACUAUUCAAAUUCUCUCAUUCACAAUUUAGAAGAGUACGAAACAAUGCUUACAAUGAUAAUAAUAAUAUUGAGAUUGAUGUUGAGAAUUGGUCUCCUUUCAAAGAUGAUAAUGAUGACGAAACUAAUGUCAGUGACUCCACCCCUUCGCGAUCAACAACUAACUCGCUUUUCUCAACUAUGCGCAAAGUACCGAGCUCGUCAUUACAGAGCAACAAUACCAUUAAAUCCACCGCAAGCAUAUUCAGCAAUUUGAAAGAACCAUCAAAGUCAACUAUGAAACUUGUCGGAGGUGUGAAUAAUGAGCUACCUAAGGAGUCAGAGUUUAAAUUCACAUUUAAAAACUCCCAGUCAACGUCAGACAUAAAAACAAGAGGAAUUAAGGGUUCCUCAAAGGGACAAAAUGCUAAGGAUGCGCCACAGAUAUUUAGCUUAAGAAAUAUGGAAACAGGAAAUCUUAGCGGAAACAAUAAAAACAAUUCUCUGAUACAGAGACUCAACAAUAGAUCAAACAAAAACAAACAUUUAUCACAUUCUUACAGGCUUGUUAAGCCUUUCCAAGCCGCAUUCCUGUCUUCUGGCCUCAUGUCAAAAAAGAAUAAUUUUACCAGUUCAACUCCUCUUAAAAUGCCAGAUUCUCCAUUCAUUCAAAAUAAAAAUAGCCAACUAUUUUUUGCAAAUAAUGAGCAUGGCGCAAAUGCUCUUGACAGCAGAAAUAUUCUUAACAAUCAGGGAGGACUUACAUUCUCUAAGCCUGUUCCUGACACUCCGUGCAAGAAUGCUGUUAACAAUUCUUUCAGCUCCUCAAAACUAAUGAUGACUGUGGAGAAACCAAGAUCAAGAUUGAGCACAUACGUUUCAUACUCUGAUGAAAAUGUGAACGAUAUAUUCAACAAUAGAAACGUGUUGAAUAGUGUAAAGAAAAGUGAAGCUGGUGAUCACAAUGAUUCGGACAUGAUGAUGUUAGACUCACCAAACUUUGACAAAAAAUCGCUAGAAUUAAAUUUUUCUCCCGCAUCUCUGAAAAUCCCCUCCCCGAAUUUCAAUUUGAAAAAAUCAUCAAGAUUUUUAAAAUUUUCCUCCAAUUCAUCCUUUUCGCCCGAUUCCAGAAACUUGGGCAAUGGUAAAUAUUCAAGUGCCACAUCAAAUUCACCGUCAUCUGUUGAAAAAAUUUUAUCACCUUCAAAUACACCAUCAAGCAAAAAAAUAAAGGAUAAACUCAAGUCUGUGUCAUCCAGACCAUCGUUGGCCCCAUUAAGUGACAUUCCACUCAAUCUCAACAAAUUAGGAGAUGAUAAUUUGUUCAAUCUGAAGGUUAAUGCCAGUGAUGAUUCAAUCAACAAUUCAAGAAAUGGAUACUUUAAUGGCAAGAAGCGAGAUCAAGGGGGUAAUGAAAAAAUUAAUGAUGACCGCAGUAACUUUAACAGUCCCAAUAAUAUGCUUUGCAAUUUAACUGCCGACCACAGUGUCAACAUGAUGAAUCUGAGCCCAACUACUAAUUGGUUGUCCAAUUCUCCUUCCAUCAAGAACAAUACUUAUUUAACUAAUCAAAAUGGGAGCACAUCUUCACUUGUUAGAUCCCCGAACUUCAAAUCAAUUAAUACUUUGGCAGAUUCAAUUUCUCCAAAGGUAAAUAUGAAGACGAGUCAGAAUUUUUACGGGAAAAAUAAAGAUGUGAAAUUGAAUGAGGAUUUGGAUUAUGAAGACGAAAUGAUCAAUUCAGAAACUGAUAAUUAUUAUACUGAAACCCCAACCAAAGCAUCUUUUUCUAAAUACCAUAAUUUAUCAUUGCAUAAUACUGAUGAAUCCGAAAACGAUAGUACCCUCAAGCACCAGGCAGCAUCUAACAAUAUUUCAUUUUUCAACAGACUGAGAAAAGUGCCUUCCAAUAAGGAGAAUAUUAAUCCUUCACGUUUUCCACUGUAUGAAAAUAAAGCAAACUCGUUCAGGGGGAUAUGUUCAACCGAUGACAUAGUUACACCGGUAGACACGGUUCAGAGGUCCUUCCCAUUUACUGAAGCUAGAGCUAAUACUAGUGUUCUCAAGACGCCAAACAGCUCAUCCAUUAAUUUAAACGAGGAUAUCAACACCGUUACUCCAACUGGUCGGUUUUAUGAAGAUAUCAUCGCUUCAAAUGAAACUCAACUGAAGCCAUCUCCAGAUAUCCUCAUCGCUGAUGCUCAAGCACCAAAUCAAACUCGUUUGGGAGCUACUGAUGAUUUCUUGGUUUCGAAACUUGGCAGUAACAUUAGGCUUUCUGGAGAGGGUGAGUUUUCUCUAGUUUUCGAGUGUGAUUACAAAAAUUACAAGUACGCCAUUAAGAGAAGCAAACGUCCAGUGAAGCUUAGCAAGCGUGCUGCUAGAUAUCAAAGUGAUGGCGAGUAUGCUUUGAGAUUUGAAAAUACUGCUGACAAGGAGUUCAUCCUAGGAUUAGUUGGAUAUGAUGUGAGUUUGGUCAAUUGUAAUCCUGAUGAAGAAAUUUCAAUUUUGAAUAAUCUCAAGAAGAACGCUCGGAAAUUUACUGGUUCGGAAUAUCUCAUCAACUACGUUUCCAACUUUUCGAUAAAUAGUUACAACUAUAUCGUGACUGAAUUCUGCGAAGAAGGUUCAUUGGAUAAAUUUCUAUUGAAGAAUUCUGAUCAAAAAUUGGAUGAGUUCCGUGUCUGGAAAAUCGUAACUGAAGUUUUAUUUGGAUUAAAUUUCUUGCAUGAAAACGGAAUUUUGCAUUUGGACUUGAAACCUGCCAACAUUUUCAUUAACUUUGAAGGUUCACUCAAGAUUGGUGAUUUUGGGUUGUCAACCAAGAUGGAAGACAUUACAAACAAACAGUAUGUUGAAAAGAAGAGGGAUUCCAAAAUUUUCUCCAGUGAUGGUGAAAUCAAUUCUAAUGAAGAUCAACAAGGAAAGAAAAGAGAGAAAGAUAGUGGCGUCAGUAUGGAAAAGGAAGGUGAUAGAGAAUAUAUUGCGCCUGAAAUCUUAUUGAAAUCUGAAUACAGUUCUGCCGCUGAUAUCUUUUCACUUGGAUUAAUAAUUGUUGAAAUUGCUGCCAACAUUUAUUUGCCAGAUAACGGUGUUAGUUGGCAAAAAUUGAGAUCUGGUGAUCUUAGUGAUGCCGGAAGAUUGUCUUUCCGUGACUUGGCCAUUCAUGAUACGAAACCAUCACAUCAACAUACUGCUUCUACAUCAGUAAAUUCAAACUAUACAAGUACUGCCUCGACUGCCACCACGUCACGUACGAAUAUAAACUCCUCUCUUAGCAAGAAUUACUCCAGUUUGACGAGUGAUUCAGGCAGCAACUUGUUUAAUUACGAAAACUCUAUGAUUAACACGAUCUCACAUGCCGUUGCUGCUAGCCAACCGAAUAUGCCAACGGUUAAUAGUCUUUUGUCAAAUCAUAGCAAUGUGAGCAAUGCCUCAAGAACAACGUUUUUACGUGAUGGAAACACUCUUGAUUUGAUGGUCCAUUGGAUGAUUGAACCGAAUCCAAAGAAUAGGCCAUCUGCAACAGAACUUAUUAAUUUAUAUGAGCUUCAAUAUAUCGAAUUGAAGCGCAAGGCAGGGGCGAUUAUCUAUGAAGGAGAAUACGGUCCACAGUUGAAUUUGGAUGAUGUUAUGGGUACCGAUGAAGAAGAUGAUUAUGCUUUCAACCGCUCAGACUCUUAUGAAUAUGUUGAUAAUUUGAGUAAUCUUACUUUAGUGAAGAAAGAUUCCACUGCUGGAGCUAGUAAUGGUGGCUGCACCAUGAGGGAAUAUCUCGACGGCUUCCCUCAUGUGCUAGAUCGGUAUUCUAUGGGCAAAUUUAAUGUCCAAGAUAAGGAGGGAACCGGAGAAGAAGAGUUUCCUCAUAGAAAUAUGAACUACAGGUAG